CUGUGACAGGUAAUUACAUGUAAACAGCAAUCCUGUGACCUAGUUUCCUGUUAGAACCAACUGUGUAUCACUUUGUGGCUAGUUGUGCACCUUAUUAUUACCAACGAUCAUGGACUUGUGUCCUUUGCUGUUACACUUCACAAACCAUAAGACCAGAAGCCAGUUCCUGAUUGGACUGUUGUUAGGAUGCACACUUUACAUGUUGGUGGCGUUUCCCGUCUACUUGUAUCUGGGAGAACACCAAACCCAGCCUCUGUGCCAAGCUGAACUGAUUAAAAGACUUCAAGCAGAACAAACCGAAGUCCCGACCCCCAUCUCGAACCCGACCGCCGGCCCUACCAGACCCCCCGGUCCGGUCCACCCGGCACCGUUCAAUGUUACCAACCCCCUGAGUGGGUACGUCAACGUGCUGAAGGAUAGAGAGCCCUUGAAGUUGCACUGCAGUGUCUGUGCCCUGGUGUCCAAUUCUGCGCAGUUACUUCACCACGAAGCCGGGACAGAAAUCGACAAGGCCGACUGUGUCAUACGCAUGAACGACGCUCCUGUCUUCGGAUUUGAGAAGCACGUUGGAACAAGGACUACAGUCCGCGUGGUAUCACACAGCAGUGUCCCCAGCAUCAAGAAAGUUCGUUAUAUUUCGAAAUAUAGCGGUCUGAAAGUUGUAGCCUGGGGUCCGAACCAUACCAUGAGGACAGAUGGAAAAGGGGGGACGUACAAUCUUUUGUCAGAGUUAGCUGAAGAGAAUUCAAAGGUUAUAGAGGUGUACAUGCUGACUCAACAGAGAAUGGGGUAUGCUGACAAAGUGUUUGAGAAUGAAACGGGGAAGCCAAGAAAAACUUCCGGCACGUGGCUGAGUACAGACUGGUUCAGUAUGAUCCUGGCCACAGAGAUGUGUGAUCACAUUAAGGUGUACGGGAUGAGCAAUGGAAAUAACUGCAAAAACCCCGAAGACAAGUCAGUGAGACUCCAUUACUACGGCGGCAAUGCUCAGAAAGAGUGCGACGAACUCAAGAAUAUGGAGAAAAGAAAGAAGGGUUCACUUCGCCUACUCACGGAGAGAAAGGCAUUUCAACUGUGGGCACAAUACCAUAAUAUCAGCUUUAACUUUCCAAUAUGGUGACUGACUAAAGAAGUAUAAAAACCCCUACUGUGAAUUUUGUGUAGUAAGUCACUCAAUAUGGAUUCCUCUACGUAAUGCGAGUAUUUGUAUCAUGGACUUCUCUUUGUUAUGUUUAUAGUAUACAUGUGUAAUCAAUCUAUUAUAGAAUACAUGGGGCACUUCAUUUUCAACUGUCUUCAAACAAGAAGUCAAACCCCGUAAUAGUUACGUAGACUUAGUACCCUAUCCUGUACCAUAUGUACAUUCAUCCACUUAUAUUUGUAUAUUAGAAUUUAGUUCAUCUACUUGUACUCGAACUACAUUCAUUCAUUUCAUGUAUUUAGUCUUUCUUCUCUUGCAAUUAGCCCCAUGGGCAUGAAUUUGCAAUAAACAUUUCUUUUUGGUACUGUGUGUAAACUGUAUACGUGUAUCCAGGACUUCCAUUUUAGCCACUGAGUG